AUGUCUACAAUUGGCCUCGGAAAGCUUGUAAAACGAGCAGUUCUGAAGGGUAUACCUCCCAAAGAGUUUAUUUCUUUAUACAAGCAGUUAAAUGAUGCGAGAUCUAUUAGUCCAAACGAAUAUCUCUCAGAAUUACUAGAUAUUGACUCGAACAAUACCACAGUGGCAAUUAAUAGACAAGCUUUAUUCUGCAUAGAGCUUUCUUUGAGCUCCAUUGAGCAAUUGAGCCUAUUUUGGCUAAAUCUAAUAAAGCUUGAUGACGCAAAGCAAAUAUUAUUCUUGAUCCAAUUGAGUAAAUAUUUAAAGCAUAAUCACAAAAGUGUCACAAAUAGUAUUUUGAUAGAGCUUAUAAACAAGGAGCUUUUCAGCUACAGCAUUUCAAAGCUUGAGGCUGAAAACAAGUCAUUUUCGACAGAGGAGAUAAACUCGUUUGUAGAUCAUGUUGUGUUUCUUUGGGGGCUCUUGUUCGAUAUCUUACCAGACUUAUUCCAAACUGAUACUGUGAAAAAAAUACUUGUUUUGUCAAAUAGUUUACCUAGGAAUGAACAAACGAACUAUAUGACAAUGAAAUCGAAGAAAUUGUUGAAAACUAGCGACAUGAAGAUAGAAAUUUUAUCCUCAAGUGAAAAUUCAAAUACAAAAAGCACUUAUAGCCAGAAAAAUAUUUUCUCCUUGAAUAAUGAUGGCAAUUCAAAAGUACAGGAGUUUAAGAAACUAUUUUGGGUUAGCUUUGCGAUCAAAUCUUGGCGGUUUGAAGAUAAUGAUAAAUUUUUGGACAGCUUCAAGAAAACAAUUAAUAGAUUUGAGAAUCUGCUGAAUGAGUUAUCACCUGAGCUUAUAAGGCUCUUACUUAAAGCAUCGGCAUAUGCUAAGGUAUCGCACGAACCCGAUUACGUAUUAUUUAACUACAAGAAUUUCAUUACAUCAAGGUUGCCAAUCUUAUUAUCCAAGCUUAAUCAAAAUGAUAGUAAGAGAAUAGAGAAUGCAAUCCAUCUGGCAUUUAAAGGCACUUCUGAGAGCACUCUUCAAAUUAUUUCUGAUUUCAAGAUUGCCGGGUUUCCUUGUACUGAUCUAAGAAAAGCAUUUAUAAAAAGUUGUAUUGCUAAUGAACUAAUACCUAUUCAUGCGAGAUUGAACUUUUUUGCACAAGACGAAAGCAUGUCUCAGCAGGCUUUAAUACAUGAGUUGAAUCAGCAUAAGUUGAAUAUUGACAUUAAACAUGAACUCAAUGAGAAAUUAUUGGAUGUGAAUACUGAAUUUACAUCUUUAAGCGAAUCAGGAUUAGCAGAACUUAUGGUUUCGCUUCCUAAUAUAUUAGAGUUUCUGUAUACAGAUCAAAGUUCCUCUAGUGCAAUCAUCAGCGAAGUCAUAGAUAAUUUAAUUGCUGAAAGGGACAAUGAAAAACUAACAAGGCUCUUAUUAUCGUUAAGCAGCAAUACUGAGGUUUUGAAAUUAUAUGUCUUCAACUGCAGGGGUGGGCCGUUUUUAUUACUUAACAAAUUGAUCAACUACAUAGAUUUUGGAGAAUUUGGGAUAGAUGAUGAAGACAGCUCACAAGACCUGUUCUCUCAUUUUGGAAUUACGCUCUUGAGUAUCAUAUCGUUGGUAGAGGUUUUUAAAAUUGACUUCUCAAAAUUCAGCAUAAAAACUUCUUAUGUUUCUGAUUAUUUGAAUUCGUUCUAUUAUAGGUUGUGUGAUAACUUGACCCUGUCGGAACCGAGCAAUUUGUCAAAUGAUGAAUCUACUAUUAUUGCUAAUUACAAUAGUUUGUUGAGUGAUUGGAUAGAUGCGUUGUUUGACGAUAAUAAUGAUGGACUCUCAGACGACUUAAUCAAAUCAGUGAACGUUAAGCAAAUAUUUAAAAUGAUCCCAAUCAUUUACCAGCGAUCAAUAAUUGCUACUAAAAGUGGCAAGAUUGACUUCAAAAUUUUAAGUAAUGGACUUGACUAUUUGAGUCAAGUUUUUCUAGUAUCUUGUACCUUAAGCAUCAUAAGAUGGUUAGUCUCCUCCAUCUCCUUCAGUGAAAAUAGUUCAAGCCUUACUUGUAAAAUUUUAUGUGAAUUAAUCAUGUCUAACACUCCAAAUGAAGAUGAUAAUGAACUCAACAGUGAGUCUUAUCUUGCAUUUAAAAUAGUUUUGAACUUGACCGGAAUGGAUAUUUUGUCGACUUUAAGGAAGGCUCCUCAAGGAUCUUCAGGUCCAGUCAGUGUCACAAUUGAUAGAGUCAAUCGAGUCUUAGGGGAUGGCCCCUCUUCAGGCCCACUAAAGAAGGUAAAGCUAAAUUCCUCCUUAAACUUAGCAGAACAAUUCAAAAACGAGCUAAUAACCAUUGUGCACAAAAAUCAAUUAGAUUAUCUGCUAAUAAUUAGGUUUCUUGAACUAAAUGAUUAUGAAUUGACUGAUCUCAUUAUCGAUCAAACUGUGAACUCACAAAAAUCAAACAACGAUGAUCAUAAGAUUUUCAUUCAAUUAUCAAUAUAUCUCAUUCUUCUUAACACGAUCAGGUCAAACAAUGAUAUCAGUUCUUGCAAAAUGAAAUUUGCUUCAUCAUCACAUCAAUAUCUGAGCAUUUUAGAUGGCGCAAUUACAAGUGAUAAGGAAUUUACGUUGACGUUGGAUUUUCAUUAUUCGAGCAUAUUCAAUGAUCAAGGAACACAAGAUGAAGAAAAUGACGAUCUCUUCAAUGAAAAUUCGUCGAAAUUUUAUCGGCAGGAUGAAAUCAGAUCUCACUCAGCCCUUUCCUUCAGUUCGUUGUUCGACCUAAUUGCAAGGACUGAGGUUUGUGAAAGCGAACGUGCAAAUAUAAACAGGGCAUUGAAAUCUAUUAGGCAACUUUUAGUAGAAGAAUUGGAGAAACUUGCAAUUUGA